CCCGGAACAUCCACUGUAAACUACGUUAAUCGACUUCCUAUCUGACAUUGCUAGUGAGCUACUCUGUAUUCGUUGUUUCAUUGCACUUUUUCUUGGACCCAGGAACAAUAUUUAACUUGACCUAAUUACCACCAUGCUUGGUGCAUAUUAGUUCCACGACUUCGUAAAAAAAGUUUGGCAUGAAAAUGGCCAGAAUGAACACAAAGCAUUUUGUGCAAAGGUUUAAAAGCACAACUAAAUGUAGUGAUUUUACUCCAUAUUGAAAGUUGAAAUUAACUUCACCUCAUGUGUUAUUUUUCUUGAUGCAAUAUCAGAUGUCUCUUGUGGAUUUGGGGAAGAGAUUACUUGAGGCGGCACGAAAGGGGCAAGAUGAUGAUGUCAGGACUCUCAUGGCCAAUGGAGCUCCUUUUACCACAGACUGGCUUGGGACGUCGCCUCUUCAUCUGGCCGCACAGUAUGGACACUUCUCUACUGCAGAGGUACUCCUCCGUGCAGGCGUCAGCCGGGACGCCCGCACCAAGGUGGACAGGACCCCUCUCCACAUGGCCGCUGCAGAGGGGCACACCAGCAUCGUGGAACUACUCGUCAAGAGCGGAGCGGAUGUCAACGCUAAAGACAUGCUGAAGAUGACUGCGCUGCACUGGGCCACUGAGCACGGCCACAGAGCCGUGGCGGAGCUGCUGGUGAAGUACAGCGCCGACACGCACUCCAUGAGCAAGUUUGACAAGACGCCCUUCCACAUCGCCGUGGACAAGGGCAACACUGAGCUCAUGCUACUCUUGCAGGACGGCAUGCAGAACCAGGUGAACAUGAACCCUCUCAGCAGCUCCACCACCUCCAUCCCCAGUCCUCAGUUCGUCAUCUCCUCCUCCGGGGAGGUCAUGAACCUGUCUGAUCUUGUCCUCACAGCUGCCAAGUCUAACUUGGUAGGUGCUACUGAAGAAGUGAUUGCUGCAAACUCGGUGGAUUCUGCCCUCCAGCAGGUUAUGGGCGAAGGAGGGCAGAGGGUCAUCACCAUAGUGACAGACCAACAGGGCAACCUGCAGCCAGCUUCUUUGGGGCAGAAGUUCUAUGUCACCAUGCAGGGGCAACAAAUGGUGGCUGUUCCAGCCGGACAGAUCACAGAGGAAGUUGUGGUGGAGGAGUCCAAGCCUCCCACUCCUCGCAAGAGGAAACUGGAACAAGUGACCACCCACGCGGAGCCCAAACAGAAGCAGGACAAGGCUGAGAAGGGUAGCCGGGAGCAGCUGCAGAGGCAGCUGAAGGAGGCCAACCAACGGGCGCAGGAGUACCGGACGCAGCUCCUGCAGAAGGAGCAGGAGACCGAGCACUACCGCCUACAGCUGGAGGCCAUGACCAACGGGCAGACUAACGGCACCAACGCCACCGCAGACGGCCAGGAGGAGGAGGAGGUGGUGCUGCAGGAGGAGGAGGAGGAGGUGGAGGAGGAGGUAGAGGUGGAGCAGGAGGCUGAGGAGGAGGUGGUGAUGCUUUCCGAGGGCACCAUCAUCAUCAAGCCCGGCGAGCUGGACACAGACGUGGUAGAGUGUGAGCAGGUGACGCUGGUCGAUGCGGCGGAGAGCGCGGCUGUGCUGCAGACACCGGUGUCGACGUAACACACACACACACACACACACACACACACACACACACACACACACACACACACACUUUCCC